CUGACUGUCUUCACCGGACUAUGUAUCGCGCAAUUUCUGCUUGAUAUUGUUCUUUUGCGACCAUGUACAGAAUUGUAGUGUGUGCAGUUUUGCUGUUUGUUUUGUUUGAAAUGUCACUGUGCGCAGUACACAUCCACCGACGGGACAUUCUCAAAGUCAGACAGGAACGUUGUGGCGCUGAGCACCACCUGCCUCAGCUGAAACUCUUCACAGCUCUACAUGGACAGGAUGCGUGUGUCAGCAUGCAGCUUUCUGUGGAACCUCUGCUGGAUAAUGAAGGCCUGAAGAUAGACUUCAGUGACACAGAAACGGUUGACUCCCACACACUUCUAAUCUGGAACAGAAACGGAUCUCUUUUGUGGAACAGCACUAAUGGGGAGCUGUUGUUUCAGCCUCACAAAGUUAAUGUUCAGACACACGAUACGACCACGACAUCCAAUCAGACAUAUUGGAUCCUGCAUUAUGAUUGUUUCCUGGCUCAGUCUGGCUCUGAGUUCAGCGUGUCUGUUUACAGCAACAAUGAUAUGCUUAUCAGUGCAUCUUAUAAUAUAGAGCUCAUCAAAACAGACAAUGAAGACCUAAUGCCUGAAUUCAGUGUCACAGUGGAUAAACAUGCUAAACGAUUCAUUGUUACGUUGGAAACAGACCUCAUUGUGAAGAUCAGCCUGUGUUACAUGCAUUUAUAUGGAGAGUGUGAAUCAAUCUAUUCUAAUCAGAUUGACCCGAAGGAUAACCCGAUAGUUAAUCUGAACAUCUCUCACCUGGUUCCAUGUGUCUGUGUGCAGCUGUGGUUUACAGGAAUUGACAGAAGAAGAAACACAGUUUGUCCCUUAAAAGAGACCAUAGUGCCACAGGCAGGUGAAAUCUUGUCUUCGAGUUCAGCAAGAGUUAUCGGCACUUUUCUGCUUUGGAAGCCUGUCUGCCCCUCCGAGCGGUCAAAUCCCUCUGUCUCCCUGUGCUGGCUUAUUCAUGAGCAGCGGAGCUCUUACUGUGUCCCCGCCCCCAACUCCACCCUGUACAGCACACAGCAUCUGAAAUAUAAUGUGUCUGCUGUUGAUAAACACCCUCAGAUGUGUGUAAAGUUUUCUCUUAAUGGCAGUCAAGUCUUCUGCCCCUUUGUGUCAGAUGGAAAGUCUGAAUGGAGUGUGAUGGUUGUUCCUGGAUCUCUGCAUCUGCAUGUUCGACUCACCUCUACCACCACAGCUUCUUUUGCUGCUCAGCUGUGUGUCAGAGACCGAGACCAGUGUGUGUCUGAUGGACCAGUCAUCUCAUGCCGAGUGGACGGGGGCGCCACAGAGUCUGAGUUGCGCGUGCUGUUUCCCUUCCUCUCAUCAGAACUGUGUGUACAGGUGUGGCGCUUGGAUCCAUUCCUCCAUGGCAGACGAAUCAUUUGUCCUGAUUACACUCACAGGAGAUGGGGGCUCAUCAUUGGUGCUGCGUUCACCCUCAUGGUCACAGUGACAGUGCUGGUCUGCAUCACAUGCUACCUGCUCAAAAGAAGCACAUCAGUGUGGCGCUCUGCUGAAAGGAGACCCGUGCUGCUUGUGUGCUCGUCUGACAAUACCGCCCACGUUACUUCCGUGUGUUCUUUGGCAUCCGGCCUGCAGGAGGAGCUGUUCAUGGACGUAAGGCUGGCGCAGUGGGUGCAGUGUCGAUCUCAGGCCUCUCUGGCUCAGCUGGGACCCGUGCCGUGGCUGUGCGGUCAGUGUCAUGCCGUGCAGAAAGCAGGCGGUGUCGUCCUGAUCGCCUGGAGCCCUGAUGCCAAUCAGUCCUAUCUGAGAUGGCGAAAGAAUGAUUCUGUAGCGUUGGGAAAUUGCGCGUCCAAACUCUGUAAGGCCAGCAUGAAUGAUGGUGUUGAUGAUCUCUGUGAAGACGAGAAGAUGUGCUACGAUGAAGAAUGGAUGGAGCAACGACAACUUACUACUUCCAUCACCGCUCCCGUGUUCAACGCCGCCCUGGCCUGUCUUUGGGCGGGAAUACACAGCGGCGAUCACGGCCGGGGAUUUGGAUUGGUUUGUUUCCAGGGUCUUAACAAUAACAGUGACAUCCCAAAGCAUCUGAGAUGUAUCCGAAAAUACUGUCUCCCGAGAAAUCUGCCCUCUUUAAUACACGACCUAGGCAGCUCGAUAGAUGGAAUGGGAAAAACAAAAGGAAGUUGGCGAUGCUGGUCAUGUCUUGUGUCAAAAGCACGGUCAUUCUUAGCGUCACGCCAGCUCGCGCCCAGACUUGAGGUGGGACUGCCUGUGCCAGGCAGGCGGAGCUCAAAGAUCAUUCCGAAGUUCUCACGGAAAUUAAAGAGCGGCACAAAAGGAAAGACACUGAAGCAUAAGAAACGACAAACGAGUUUAUCCACAACUGGCGAGUUGAAAUGUGUCUAACAGGGGGCAGCAACAUCAAACGGCCUGCUCCUUAAAAUUGAGUAAACUGAAGCCAAUUCUAAUUUUAAUAAUAUAUGUAAACAUUUCUAAUUUAAUAUUUUUAAAGCACAGAAUUCCCUGAAAAUGACUCGCAGGAAACCAGGUUUGGUUGGAGGAGGAGUUUGGGUAUAAAGGAAUGGUUCACCCAAAAAUGACAAUUUGGUCAUCAUUAACUCACCACAGGUCGUUCCAAACCCGAAUGGCUUUAUAUCUUCUGUGAAGGAGGUAUUAUGUAGAAAGCUGAGCUAAUGUUUUCCAUACAUUUCAAAGUGGACAUAAAUGUGUCAUUCAUUUUUACUGCCAAGCUUCAAAAAGGACAAAACAAAAAUCAGCAGAAUAAUAUAUGUAAAUAUUCUGAAGUGUGUGUGUGUGUGUGUGUGUAUAUGUAUAUGUGUAUGUGUAUAUGUAUAUGUGUGUGUAUGUAUGUAUAUAUAUAUAUAUAUAUAUAUAUAUGACAGUUUGCAUGAGUGGACUUGUAUUUGUACCUAUAACAGCUAUACUGUACCACACAAUUGACAAAAAAUGACCAAAUGCAUUAAGGAACAGCAGAGUGUAAAUUAUUUCACAUUAUUUUCCUGAAUGUGGACGUUUUUCACGAUUCACAACAGAAGUUUUCUGGUCUCCAGUGUUUUAACUCAUAUCAGCGUAUGUUCUUGCCAGAAAAUGUGAUGUAUAAUUGAAAAAUAAACUAUG